AUGACGCAGACCGUUCAAGAGUUGCGGGCUAGACAAGCGCAGUUUACCAAGGAAUUGCACGGGGACGAGGUGAGUAAGACAGGUCUUUCAGCGCUCCUGUCGAAGAACAAGUCGGCCAACCAGGAGGCGGUGUCCAAGUACUUGGCGCAUUGGGAUGGGCGCACGGACGAGACCGCGGAGGAGAGACGUAUAGAGGACUACAACGAGUCCACGCACUCGUACUACAAUGUUGUGACAGACUUUUACGAGUACGCAUGGGGCAGUUCGUUCCAUUUCAGCAGGUUUUACCCGGGAGAGUCUUUUGCGGCGAGUAUUGCUAGACACGAGCAUUACUUGGCGUACAAUGCCGGGAUUACCAAGUCGGACUUGGUGUUGGACGUUGGAUGCGGUGUCGGAGGGCCUGCGCGUGAGAUUGCACGUUUCACCGGGUGCAAGGUUGUGGGGCUCAACAACAACGACUACCAGAUUAUGAGAGGUAACUACUACAACAAAAAGUAUAACCUCGGCGACCAGAUAUCCUAUGUCAAGGGCGAUUUCAUGAAAAUGGACUUUGCAGACAACACUUUUGACAAGGUUUAUGUUAUCGAGGCCACCGUCCAUGCCCCCAACUUCGAGGGUGUCUACGGCGAGAUAUUCCGUGUUUUGAAACCUGGUGGAACUCUUGCAGUUUACGAAUGGGUUAUGACCGAGAACUACGACAGCUCAAACCCGGAACACCGUAAAAUCGCCUACAACAUCGAGCUCGGCGAUGGUAUCCCAAAGAUGUAUGGUGUUCAGGACGCACGUGACGCGUUGAAACAUGUCGGCUUCAACAUCGUCCACGACGAAAACCUCGCUGACAACAACGACCAAAUCCCAUGGUACUACCCAUUGACUGGGGACUGGCGUUACGUCCAGACUCUUGGAGACGUGGGAACUUUCCUUCGUACCUCCUACCUCGGCCGCCAAGUGACCACCGCCUUUAUGUACACUUUGGAGACCCUAGGCUUGGCUCCUAAGGGCUCCGGAAAAGUCACCAAGGCCUUGGAAACUGCCGCUGCAGGUCUAAUUGCUGGUGGUAAACAGAAGUUGUUCACCCCUAUGUGGUUGUUUGUCGCCAAGAAGCCCGCCAACAAAGGCACUACGCAGACUAGCAACGGUGAAUAA